CACACUUCAGUCGUUCGUCCUCGCUCAGAGUGGAACCAACGUUUUUUAUCUCAACGCAACCGGCCGCGACUUGUUGCUACAUUUUCGUAAUAGUGACAUCUUGAAUUAUCUGUUUAAUUACAUGUUCAUAGAAAACCAAUUUUAUUUUUAAUAUUGUGUGAGUGUAUCUAUCGCCUGUCUCUUAUGAUUUAAAAUACAAAGUGCUAAAUUGGUGUUCAAUGUGUUUGAUUUUCAUUUUUUUUUAUUUAUACCAUGUAAAAUUUGUUAAUGAAGUGCUAUUAGUGACAAUGUAUUUAAAAAAUGGAAAUGGUGGUUAGAUAUUGAGAUAUAGUGACCUUUUCAAGUGAAGUUUUUUGCGGCAGAGACGCAUAAUGUUUGUUAAAUAGAAGAUUAUAAAGCUAACGUAGUAAUAAUGUCGUUGCCAAUAAAGCGUUCCUUCAGCUCGGAAGGAGGAGCCACUAAGCGAGAUUGGAAAAUGAGGCUCAGUCUUCGCAGCCGGAGUGGACACAGUGUCGUGCGGAAUCCUUCAUGUGAAGCGCUACGCGGUCGACGAUGCGCUUCCUUGCGAUCUGCUGCUACCCCACUCCGGACUGACGAGUCGGGACGAAGCACACCUUCUACAGCUCAUCGUGCAUCGCCCUCCCCGGCGGAUACGCCGGCUCCCAAGAAAUCUAACUGGGAAGUUAUAGAACAUUUCUCUUCCAGUAGGAGCAAAAAGAGUCCUACUUCUGAGAACGCAGAAGGUGGCGUCGUGUCCUCGUCACCCGCCCUGCCACUCUGCCCUUCUGGUAAACCGGAUUUCGACGUACAGCCAUUAUUGAAUGACGAAACACGAAAUGAUCAAGGAGGAGGCGGUGGAAGCACUACAAAUAAUGAAAAUGAUAAAGAAGAAGACUGUUGGCAACAAUGCGUUGAACAAUGUCCCGGACCUUUGCGAGCAGUGUGUGAGACACACCGAUUUGAGAAUUUACAGGUUGAGAUGUUAUACCAGCGCUAUUUUUUGCGUAUGAACCAAACGAAUAUGACACAUUUACUCGGACUAUUAUUGGUUUUGGCAGUGACCCUUAUUAUGGUUCAAGUGCGAACAUUACUAAUAGCACAGAAUUUCUUAAGUGGACUACUGAAGUUUUCAAACAACUCAUUUCUAAGUUCAGACACUACCAGCCAAAUAUUGGACCUAGCGGCUGGAAUACCUACAUCAAUUGAAGGUUAUCAAGAAUUGCAAAAUCUGAAUUCAACGUUGCUUAAACGCAUUUACUACGAAAAAGAACGGGUGGCCCAUAUAAUUAAUAUCAUCAUACUUGGCAUUACAUCCAUCGUUUAUACCUGUCUCCUGGCUUGUCUGAGCCGACCAGCAAUGAACGAGAUAUAUCUUCUGACCAUUUCUUACGUUGUCCUUGUGACGUUCUUGUUGAUCGAGUUUGCACUAGCCGGUACAUCGGUGCUUAGGUCUCUCGACGUAAGCGCUGGCGCAUGUGCUCUCUUCACCUAUGUUACAUACGCUACGCUUCCUGUAAGACUACAUGAAGCCACAGUAGGUGGAUUAGCACUCGCCGCUGUCAAUAUUGGUGCACAACUACUGAUGAACAGAGGAACAGAUGCUCAGAUCCUUUGCAGCGUAGUGACACUGAUUGCUUGUAACGUAGCCGGGAUAAUGACCCACCAUCCUCGUGAGCUCGCUCAACGCCGAGCCUUCUUAGAGACGCGGGACUGCGUGGAGGCACGUCUUAUCACUCAAAGAGAGAACCAGCAGCAGGAGCGCUUACUGCUAUCCGUGUUACCCCGCCAUGUAGCGAUGGAAAUGAAGGCCGACAUCGCCAACCAGCCGAGACAGGAACAAUUCCAUAAGAUCUAUAUACAAAGAUACGAGAAUGUCAGCAUACUAUUUGCGGAUAUCUGUGGCUUCACUUCUUUGUCCGACCAAUGCACUGCUGAGGAACUUGUCCGCCUUCUUAAUGAACUAUUCGCUCGUUUCGAUCGGCUAGCAGCAGAACAUCAUUGUCUACGGAUCAAACUGCUUGGUGACUGCUAUUAUUGCGUUUCUGGUCUGCCAGAGGCUCGCGAUGAUCACGCCAAAUGUUGUGUUGAGAUGGGUCUCGAUAUGAUCGAUGCCAUUGCGUUGGUGCGUGAGGUAAUGGCAGUAAACGUAAACAUGCGUGUUGGUAUUCACACGGGACGAGUUCAUUGCGUCGUACUCGGACUCCGAAAAUGGCAGUUUGAUGUAUGGUCCAAUGACGUGACGCUAGCUAACUAUAUGGAAAGCGGUGGUGUGGCUGGUCGGGUGCACAUCACAAAGGAAACAUUGAGGUAUCUUGGUGAUGACUAUAAAGUGGAGCCAGGUCAUGGAGGUCAACGUAAUACCUACUUAAAGGAUCACAACAUUGAAACCUAUCUUAUAGUGCCCGAUGACACCAGUCGUGUGGACAAAAAGCCACAGCAUUCAUUCUCAUUAAAUGGCAAUAUCUCAAAGGAAAUGCGCGUCAUGGGUCACGGUUCUCAGCACGGGAAGCAUUCGUCUAAGAUUGGUGUGGAUACCAACAACGAAAACAAGAGACCGGAGGAUGAGGUUAACGAGUAUCUGAUGAAGGCAAUUGAUGCGAGGUCGAUUGAACGACUACGUGCUGAACACUGCAGACCUUUCACACUUACAUUCCGUGAUAAUAAUCUGGAGAAAAAAUAUACGACUGAGAGAGACAGGAUGCUUAAAGUUUACUUCAUCUGCAGUUUAGUCAUAUACAUCUCCGUGGUGAUAGUACAGAUACUUAUUUUCACAAUCACACCAGCAGCAAUUGCCAUCAUAACUAUAUCCGGCAUGGUCAUAUUUUGUAUUAUAUAUUUGGUGCUCUCCAUUGACUUUAAGCAUGUAUGCAAUCGCCUGAAAAAGCUAACUACAAUAGUGCAUAACAAUCGAACGCUGGCACAACUGAUGUCCUUUAUGGUUGUUAUUUGUCUGGUUCUUCAAAUUGAAGUCGUCAUGGGAAUCGGCAUGUUUAAUCCACCGGCUAUAAAAACUGCUGAGGAUACUACACUUUGCCCACAUGACAUUAAUGAGCAAUUUCUUCAACUGACGCUCGUGGUUAUGUUCCUCUGCGCCGUGCAUCAGAUUUUGAUUACAACUUUAAAGAUGCUGUUGUUAUGCCUUAUCAGUGUCAUAUAUAUUGCUGUGACAAUACAAAAGCAUCUUUACUACCAAGAACACUUCUAUAACUAUCAGCACAAAUGUGACGUAGACUGGAAUCAGCAGUGGACAAAUAUUGUCAUUGCUCUGGGUGCUUUGAUAGCUCUAAUGUUGCACUCACAACAAACUGAGAGUACCUACCGUCUUGACUUCAUAUGGAAAUUACAAGCAAAUGAUGAGAAGGAAGAUAUGGAACACUUGGAGGCAUACAAUAGGAAGCUGCUCGCCAACAUCCUCCCAGAACAUGUUGCACAGCACUUCCUACGCAGCGAUAAGAACAUCGAUGAGCUGUACCACGAACAAUGUGAAUCAGUGUGCGUUAUGUUUGCUUCGAUCCCAAACUUUUCGGAAUUCUAUGUUGAACUAGAAGGAAAUAAUGAGGGAGUAGAGUGCCUCCGUCUUCUAAAUGAGAUCAUUGCCGAUUUUGAUGAGAUUCUUGCUGAGGACCAGUUUAAGUAUAUAGAGAAGAUCAAAAGUACUGGUGCAACAUAUAUGGCAGCAUCGGGUCUUACGGUGGCAACUCGAGAUCUCCGUGGCUACCGUCACGUGACGGCUAUGGCAGACUAUGCUCUCCGCCUUCGAGAACAAUUGAAAUAUGUCAAUGAGCACUCCUUUAACAGCUUCCGUAUCAGAAUCGGCAUCAACAUAGGACCAGUAGUAGCAGGUGUGAUUGGUGCUCGUAAACCGCAAUAUGACAUUUGGGGAAACGCUGUAAAUGUUGCUUCACGUAUGGAUUCUACAGGACUUCUUGAUCAUAUCCAGGUUACAGAGGAGGUGUAUGAUAUUUUGGCGACUCGGGGAUAUCAGCUCCGCUGUCGUGGAACUAUUGAUGUUAAGGGCAAGGGCAACAUGGUCACCUUCUUUUUGGAUGGCAUUGGUGAAACUCCUAUGCCAGGCGUUAAGGACAUCUAUGCCAAUCCCACACCGUCUACAUCUGGUGCUGGGAGCGAUAAAAGUCACGACAAAGAUGAUAGUGAUAAUCGACGUCAAGAUCAUCGACCAUUGGAGACGCUUUCCGAAGGUCAUACUGAUGAAGAUGGACCUUCGCCACGAUCCUCUAUCCCUAAAGAAACCCAGGAAGGGUCGAUGACUCCAAAAUUAACAAAUGGUGUUUCAUUAUCUCGAGAGGGUCUGGCGAGUGCUGUACGUGCACGUGUACUCCGACGUUUAGAACGCCCAUCAUCACUCGCGGAUCAAGCAAGUCUGCCUGAAGUCAUCUCUCUAAUCAAUUCAAAAGCUUACUCUGCCGAAUUCAGUACCGCAACAUUCCACACUGAGACGGUGAAACCAAAUUCCUCACUUACGAAUGUCAAGAGAUCAGUGGCCGAGUCACAAAGUAGUGGCGCAAUCGAAAUGCUUCUUCAAGAUACAGAAACGAGGCGAGCUAUUAGUCUUGCUGACUUCUUAUUCAAAAGAAAACAAACACGUUUAAAAACGGCCUCAGUUCACAUUAUUGAAAAUCCAAUGAACGCGAUAUAAAUCUAAUCCAUGUAUUGACUGGACAUAGUUUUGAUUUUCCCUGAUAAAAAAAACUUACAAAUAAUCUUUUUAAAUUUAUUUAUUUUCUGUACAAAAAGAUUUACACAUUGUUCUUAUCUUGUUAAAUUAACUUUUAUCUCGGCGAUGACAUCUUAGAUAUUUCUAAUUAUGGUAAGACUGAUACCUUAUCUGACAAUGAAAGCAGCGUCUUUACCUAACAGAAUUAAGUAUCUGCCUGCACUUACGAAUUUAAUGAUAUAAAAAACGUGAAUCGGAUUUUUUCGUGGUUGUGAUACAAACGCGAGAGUAUGUAUCCAAUGCAGAUGCCGCGUGAAUUGUCAAUUGACGUAUUGAUUUAUUUUUUUGAAAAUUAAUACGAUGCGUGCUAUUAAACGAAAUUUAAAAUAAGACGGUGUAUAUAAUUAGAUAGAAUUGACUGACGAAGAGUGGCCAAGCCAGUUAUUACAAUAUCAUACUUGAUUUUAAAGUAUUUUUUUUAUUUAUUUAAAAUUUAUACAUAUAACAUUUACAAUAUCACAAUCUCUUAAUACAAAAUUUCAUAGUUUUAUUUUAGAUAAGGCAACAACAAUAUUCGACGAUUAUAUAGAGUAAUUCAAGUUUUUAAUGUCCAUUUUUAUUUAAGAUUUAAUAUUGACAACUCUGAAUAUUAUUUGAUAAAUCUUAUUGAUUUUUAUUAACGAUGAAAAUUUUAAAUAUUUCUUUUUAAAACUGUCACAAAUAUUAUUCCUAUGAGUUCCAUAGAUGUAUACGAGCCAAAUAAUAUAUUUCUUUUACCUGUACUGAAGCAUUCUGUACAGAUAAAAGAUAUUUGCUUAUCAAAGCAAAGGAUAAAGAAAGUAAGUGUUGGGAUAAUGAGAUCUAAGAUUUUCGCGAGUAUUCAUUUAAAUGAAACUAGUGUUAUUCGGAUUUCUUACGCGGAUUUUAUUAUUUAAAAACUACAUAAUCCCGACGUUUCGGUUACUUUGCAGCAACGAGGUGUGGAUGUCUGUCAGUUGGUCCUUGUUAUUUAUCAUCUACCGCCAUCGAUUUCUUAAUUUUCUGGCGUACCGCUCUGGAUGCCGGCAGAAUGCGCUCACGGUGUCUUGAGGUCCUGCGGUGUGGUUACGGACAUGGGAUUUUAUAUUUUUAAGAACGGGGUCCCAGGUGUUUG